GGCAUUCCUGGUUAUAAGAGAGAGACAAUCUGACUUGUUGGUUCUCUGGUUUCACUUCACUCGCAAGCGCUGGUAGCUCAUUUCGAAGGUUAGGGUUGGGGAUUCUCGGUUAUUUCGUUGACGAAGGAGAAGGAAGCAAGCGAAAAGUAAAAAGGAAAAAGAGAAGUAGGAAAUGGGGUUCUCAAUGCAACCAUAUGGAAUACAAUCGAUGCUUAAAGAAGGGUACAGACACCUCUCUGGUCUUGAAGAGGCAGUGCUCAAGAACAUCGAUGCGUGCAAGAGCCUUGCCGGAAUUACCCGCACUUCUCUUGGCCCCAAUGGUAUGAAUAAGAUGGUUAUCAAUCAUUUGGACAAGCUCUUUGUCACAAAUGAUGCUGCUACCAUUGUGAAUGAACUUGAGGUUCAGCAUCCAGCAGCCAAGAUUUUGGUAUUAGCUGGCAAGGCCCAACAAGAAGAAAUAGGUGAUGGAGCAAAUUUGACAAUUUCAUUUGCCGGGGAGCUUCUGCAAAAUGCCGAGGAGCUUAUCAGGAUGGGUCUGCAUCCAAGUGAGAUCAUUAUUGGAUAUUCCAAAGCAAUCAAUGAGACCAUUAAAAUCUUGGAUGAGCUCGUUGAGCAAGGUUCUGAAAAUAUGGAUGUGCGUAACAAGGAAGAAGUUGUUUAUCGGAUGAAAUCUGCUGUUGCAAGCAAGCAAUUUGGCCAAGAAGACAUUUUAUGUUCUCUUAUAGCGGAUGCAUGUAUCCAAGUUUGCCCAAAGAAUCCAGCUAACUUCAAUGUGGAUAACGUUCGUGUUGCAAAGCUUUUGGGAGGUGGCUUGCAUGAUUGUACAAUAGUUAGAGGGAUGGUUAUGAAAGGUGAUGCUCAAGGGAGCAUAAAGCGGAUGGAAAAGGCAAAGGUUGCUGUGUUUGCCAGUGGUGUUGAUACCUCUGCAACUGAAACAAAAGGCACUGUCUUAAUUCACAGUGCUGAGCAGAUUUCUAUGGACAAUGGUCUCAUACAAAUUUCAUUCCUCAUGGGUACUAACAUAACUCUUAAGCUUAAUUUGAAGCUUAGCCAACCAAACCCAGAUGACUUGGGGUAUGUUGAUUCAAUAUCAGUUGAGGAAAUUGGUGGUUCAAGGGUUACUAUUGUGAGAAAUGAAGAAGGUGGAAACUCUAUUUCUACUGUGGUUUUGCGGGGAAGUACUGAUAGCAUAUUAGAUGACCUUGAAAGAGCAGUUGAUGAUGGAGUGAAUACAUAUAAGGCCAUGUGCAGGGACAGUCGGAUAGUACCUGGUGGUGCUGCUACUGAAAUAGAGUUGGCUAGAAGACUGAAGGAAUUUUCUUUUAAAGAAACAGGAUUGGAUCAGUAUGCUAUUUCCAAAUUUGCUGAAAGUUUUGAGAUGGUGCCAAAAACCCUAGCUGAGAAUGCUGGGCUAAAUGCAAUGGAGAUUAUAUCGUCUCUUUAUGCUGAACAUGCAUCUGGAAAGGCAAAAGUGGGCAUUGAUUUGGAGGAAGGCACAUGUAAGGAUAUGUCAGAAAUGAAUAUCUGGGAUCUCUAUGUCACCAAGUUCUUUUCUCUCAAAUAUGCUGCAGAUGCUGCCUGCACGGUGUUACGUGUAGACCAGAUUAUAAUGGCAAAACCAGCAGGUGGCCCAAAGAGAGAACAACCUGCAGGGAUGGACGAGGACUAGUGUCAUUCUGUCAUUUAAUUGUCUUGUACCCUUGUUGGUUGCCUUUGAGUUGGUUAAGCAUUUAUUUGUUUCCCUUUCUGAGACCGAAAACAUGUCAGAGAAAAUUUUGUUUAGUGAUAGAGAAGGGUUAACAUUUGAUGCUUGUAUAUUCCACCUCUAAGACAAGGUUUAUGUGGAAAAUCAGUGGUAUGAUCGUGUCGUAGUCUUGAAAUUGAAAUCCUGGCAAGUGAGUGCCCUGGUCGAUUUUGGUACUAAUUUUUAGUAGUUCCCUUUUUUUAAAAGGGAAGUAUGCUUUCUUUUUUAAGGGUGGAUUGUCUCCUUGUUUACAGCUUCGGAUAUUGUUAAGCUAGGAGUCUUAUUUUU